UCGUAAUUACUUGAAUUUUUUUCACAAACCAAACCAACAAUUAUUUAGUUGAAAAUUUUAUUAAAAAACCGUUAUUUAAAGACAUUAACUCCGUUGAUCAAAUAAACCGCUUCGUUGUCGCACCCGCAGAGAACUUUAUUCCUGUUAACAUCCAAACUAUUGAUUGGUUUGUGCAAUUUGGGCAUUAGGGUGAAAACGUCCAAUUUGUUUUUUAUGGUGUCAGACGCCAACCAAACAUUCUCCCCAUUGAGCAAGCUAGAACCAGCUCCAGUUUUCGGGGACCAAUGCCAAACGUCGCCGGCCGUGGAGCAAGUAAAAAGCUGGUCUGGAUGAUCUGGAUGGAAAUGUAUCUCCAUGACGCCCCCCUCAUGCGCAUCUAAGAGAUUCACCGGGUACGUGUUUUGGCGCAAGUCCCAUAUUGUGAUGGACCCUGAAACGAAGUAUGAAAAAUCGAAUUGAACGACUAUUUGGGUGGUGCAGAAGGCGGUGCAAGGGCUGGUCUCCCCAUUGGGAAAUUUGUGAAUUGCCUCCCAGAAAAUUCUUCUCUCAAUUAAAGGGUCGAUUCCGUGCUCUGAACUGAUUUUCAUCAGACUGACAGAGCCCGCAGAUGAAGACGUAACGAAUAAAUCGCCGUUCAGAAACUAAAAACCACAAAAUUGUUAAAACGUCUACAAAAUAAGUGUUUUACACACUUUGGCUUCGGUUACAUCCCCACUGUGGGGAAAUUCAGCUACUAGGAAUGGGUAAACUUCGGCGUCUUCUUCGUUUUCUUGAAAAUCCCAAAGUUUGAUACUGUUUUGGUCGUUGUCCCAACUGCCGGUUAUAAAAUAAUGCGAGUCGUUCAUAAAGUCGGGCCGCCAACGGAUUUUGUUCACUUUUUCCGAAACGAACGUGCCGUGAAUGUUGUGAGUCAUUUUGGGUCCUUAAUUAAAAUACUAAAAUAAAUUAAACUUGAAAAAGAAGUGAAAAACUACCGCUAUAACCUCACUCUGUCAUUAAGCGAUAGGCAACCCCUUAUACACACCAUUUCAAAUUUUAUAACACAGACAUUUUUUUUGUAUUUUCUUGGCCGCUAAAUUCUCACUGGGAUUCAAGUACUUUUUUGUACUUUUUUUUCGUAUUUUAUUUGAUUUCGAAAAUGUAAUUGUAAUUUUUAACUGGAGCAAAAUAAGUCGGUUUCAAAUCCACACAGACAAAACACUUCCGCUCCUCUUUAUUUUUUGUACAUGAUUUGCAUUAUAAAAGAAAAUGCCACAACUGCACUGUAAUAAAAUUAAGACUAAAAAUAAAAUAGCUGUGUAAAAAAAUAUGAAAAAUAAGAAAACAUUUUAUAAAUAUGGAAAUAGGUCUACGUUAGUGAGAAAUUCUCCAGGUGCACCAACGUUUGGUGUUUUUCACUAAAUUUCAAGUCGUGCUAGAUUCCAAGUGCGAUGUUAUUCUUCAUCUCCAUGAAUUUUAGAUUUUUAAAAAAAUAAAUACAGAAUUGAAAUACAGAUUUUGGGAUAUGUGAACAGCUCGCUAAAAUAGUAAAAUGAAGUCAGAAAACAUCAGUGACAAUGCUGGUGCUCAGAUUUGUUUAAAGACUGAAAGUAGUGGAGCAUGCCAGCUGUCUCCUGAAGAACAAGAGGCAAAGCCACGGUUCUGUUGUAGCAGCCCCCUUGAGAGACACAAUUGUCGUGAUUGUCCUUUCGAGACGGAACAAUUUUUGCAUUUAAAGACACACAUUAAACAUGUGCCCUUGGACGUAACGUCGUAUGAUGCUAUCCACAGUUUAAAAAAGUACCUUUGUGUGAAGUGUGAUUUUAAGACGUAUUCAAAAUUAGUUUGGCUAAAACACUCUUCGAGUAGCGGUCAUUCUUGUAACAUAAAUUACAUAUAUAAGUGUUGCGAAUGCUCAUUUGAGAUAAUAAAUAAAGUCAGUGAGUUAAAACGUCACACUUUGUACCACCACAUAUUCUCAACUGCGGUUGAGUGGUUCUGUUGCACCAAAUGCCGUUUCAAAACUUCCUUUAAAAACAUAUUACUCCUGCACAAGAAUUCAACACAGCAUUCAGAUUUCGUAAAACAGUGGUCCUUCAGAUGUAGAGCAUGUCCCUACGAAACCCGAGAAGAACACCACAUGGCAAAACAUGUUCAGAUGUAUCACAUCGAAUCGACUCCAAAAGACAGCAACUUUGAUCAUUCUUACGCAAAAUCCCCCUACACACACAUUUUACUCAAAUAUAUGCCAUUAAAACAUUACAUUUACAAAUGCGAACAUUGCAACUUUGAAUCGCAGAUGAAAACAAAGAUUGAUGAACAUCUCAAGAAGGCGCACCUAAUCGACGACAACAAAUUGUUUGAAUGUGAAAAUAAAUCUGAACAAGAAGCCAAUGGCAACAUUUGCAAGAGUGAGACUAACAAUCCUAGCCUGAAGAAGAAACGUGGGUCUUUCGCGUGUCAGAAAUGUGAGUUUAAGACAAAUAGUGAGAAACAGUUAGUAAAACACACGAAAAGAAUGCACAAUGAGUAUAAAAUUGAAUGGGUUUGUAACAUUUGUGGGUUGAGAACGAUGCUAGAAUGGGACUGGAGGAGGCAUUUGAGGCAGAACCAUUAGACUAAGGACAAAAAAGGCUAAUAUUGACGUAAUGGUACAUUCUGUAAAACCCUGUGUUUUUUUAAUGACAACUAGGGACAUUUUUUGUUGAUAAACGAGGGAUUCUCAGUUAUUUUUAUCAAUUAUAAUACAAUUAUUUUAUUUCUUUCUCUACCUGCUAUUGAAAGAAAACAUCACAACUGGGUUUCGAGAUUUUUUCACUUUGUUUCUUUUUAUUAAUAAAUGAUAUCUCCUCUAUGUUAGCAACAUUUUGCUUGCCACGCUUGUCAAGUAUCAUCUAAACUGGAGCUAACUGAACAAUUUAAAUAUAUUCAGCAUAUUAGAUAUCUAUAUUUUAGUUUCA